CUUACUAAGAGGGGAAAUAUUCUUUAGCACUGGUCGCUACUAAGCGUGGCGCAGCCUAUUAUCAGCGUGUAGUAAAGGCCGAUUACUGUAGCGAAAUUACAUUACCUGAAACAGAACCGCUUCAGUUGUCUGGAAAGUGCUUUGAUAGAGGGGCAUUAUUAGAGCCUAAAAAGUAAUACACAUCUUGGAAUAUCUAUCUGGUUGUGACCAGCGGUGGUGUGUAAGCACCAACCAUGCUUCCAUCACUGUUGAGGUCACUGCGGCUGCUGAGUGUUGGUCAGCGGGUGCCGGCUACUGCCCAGGUGCGCCUCAUCAGCAAGGACGUGCGCGUGCCCAAGCCGGGCGUCGGCAUCCAGUACCAGUACCGGGUGAAGCUACCUGAAAAGUACACCAUCCGCCGGCUGCCCAUCCAGAAGCUGGCCGGCCGCGACCCGGCUACCGGCCGCGUGGUGGUGGGCACGGUGGGCGGCGGCAGCAAGCGGAAGUACCGCUGGGUGGACGUGCGCCGGCCGCCGCUCGAGGACGGCUCGCCCCGCCAGGAGCGCGUGCUCCAGACCCUGUACGACCCGCUGCGCACGUGCACCAUCGCGCUCGUGGCGCACGGCGAGCACAUCCGAUACGUCAUCGCUCACGAGGGCAUGCGCGCUGGUGACAUCAUCACCACCUACGGCGACAUUCCUCGGAUCCCGGUACGGCCGCGGAUCGGCGACGCCCACCCUCUCGGCGCGCUGCCGGCUGGCACAGAGGUGUUCAACGUGGAAAAAUACCUCGGCGAAGAGGAUAGGAUGUGUGUUGCCGGCGGCACGUUCUGCACGGUGCUGCGCCGGGUCGGUGAUCGGGUGUUGCUGCAGAUGCCGUCCAAACGGCAGUUCUCGCUGCGCCAGGAGUGCACGGCCGUUGUUGGUCGGGUGAGCAUGCGCACACCCAGCAUCCGGCCGAUCGGCUCGGCCCAGCGGCUGCGCCACCUGGGCUACCGGCCGCGCUCCGGCCUCUGGCAGCGCAAGACGGGCCGCUUCGGGCGCAAGGUGCGCCGUCCGCCGCCGCUGCGCGAGCUGGACGCGCCGCCGCCGCCGCCGGCCGAGGUGCAGCGGCUCACUCUGCACGACGUGCACGUGCACAACUCGGAGGACACGGCGAAACUGUUCAGGCCGCUCCGGGGCAUGACCAACUAGCGCCGUCUUGUGGCGGGUCGAGCGGCACGAGACCUAGCGGGUGCGGUUGUCGUGUUGGGUGCAUUUUGUGUAUGAGUGCUCCGAGCUGAGCGAGUCCACUUGCAAAUGAGUGUCGGCGGCGUGUUGACACUGCUGCGGUGGCCCCUUGCCCGUGACUGGGGAGUGGUUCGGCUGAUGUGGUAGCCGCGGUGUUUGCCAGGGCGUAGUGAUGACGUGGUGACCGCAAGCUGCGUGUGCGCGCGGCGACCCUGCCGCGGACUGCAUUGUUGUCCUCAGUGCCGCUGUGAGGCCACGCGUGGGGUGUGACCCAGCUGCGACACGCUUCGAACACAGUCGGUAACCCUGUGGGCUGCAUCUGAAACGUUGUAUUGACGCGGAUCAAUCGCGGCGAAUACUGAACGUUCGUUGAAGGUCCGGAAUAUGCAAAUGCUCAACGCAUU